AUGCGGCCAGGACCCGGGCUGGUCGUGAUGGCGCUUGCGUUUAUUUCGGGGGCUCGGCGUGGCAGCACCAGCACCAGUUCAAAGAUAUCAUCAUCAUCAACAUCGUCGUCAUCGUCUUCCUUUACGUCAACAUCCAAUUCGGAGGCACAAAUAUCUUCGACUUCGAUAUUUCCAUCAUAUUUAGGUGGAGGAGAACAUUUAAGGCAGCAUUACGAUAAUCCACGUGCUAGAGCGGAAACACUUUCUCCCUCGGGUUCCUCUUCACGUGUUACUAAAGAAACAAGAAUAGCACGUAGUAUAAGAACAGCAAAUUCAAAAGACGAUCGCUCCAGUGAUAUAGUAGGACGUGCCGGUGGUGGCACAAUAACUGAUAGCGAUUUAAGUGAUAGCUCUGUAGCCGAUAGUAGCACUAGCGAAGGUACAUCCGAAGGUUUACUUGUACAAUUCCCUUCACAUUCAGCUGAUUCCUCAAGGUCCUUUGACGAGGACGAUAUAUUUGCCUUAGUUGCUGAGGACGAUCUUCUAUCAGAAGAGUCCUUUGAUCGCCUUUCAAGGUUAACAAACGACAAAAUUAGUUACAUAAACGAAGAGGAUUAUAGUAGUACCGAAGGUGGUGGUGGCAGCGGUGGAAGUGAGAGAUCAUUUUCAAGUAACGAAAAUCAACAGCAAGACGAUAGUCAUAGUGCCGAUGACAAUAGUGUGGGUGGGGGUGGGAACAUAUAUGCAGCAAAUUUAGUUACCAACGACGAGACUGCAGCAGUUGCAGAAACUGAACAUCCAAACAGUUUGAGUCAUACUGCUAAGGUAGAUAACACAAAUACCGAGCUCAAACGAUCCAUAUUUGAGAGCGAGUUUCCAAUAACACGUCUUAAUCCGUGGAUAUCCGCUUGCGAUCUGGCACAACCUGGAACAGCUCCAGAUUUACAGGUAAGUGAAAAGUUGAAUUCAUUGUCUUAA